UAUAUUUUUUAUUUUCCCCUAUUUCCCAAUCUAAAGAGCACUGUUGCAAGUUUAAAACUAAACAAAACGCUCCAUGAGCUAAAUGUUGAUGAAAAUUCUGCACAAAAUAUGCCCCAACCUACCACCCCAACCCCAUCUCACAGCAAUGGAUUGGAUGUUGAUAGUAGUAGUGAUGAGGAUGACAUGUUUAUGGAUGCACCAUCCGCACUAGAUGAUGAAGAUGACUUAAUUUUUGUUUCGUCCACUUCAAUGGGUAGUAGAUUAAAUCAACUUAUGCCUGAGAAAGCAAUGGAUGCUCAUGUAGCUUUGGAACAAUUUAAGUCCGAGUUUAUGUCUCGUUACCAUGGAGGACCAGACUUCUUACCACUUUCUCUGAAAGAUGCAACAGUGAAGGCAUUUGGAAGCGAUGCUAGAAAAAGAAAACUUUUGGCUAUAUACAUACACCAUGAUCAAAGCAUACAAGCCAAUGUCUUCUGUAGCCAACUUCUAUGUUCAGAUGCUGUCACCAAUUUUCUUGAACAACAUUUUGUAUCUUGGGCAUGGGACGUCACCUCAGCUUACAAUAAAGAAAGAUUUCUACAAGACUGUAAACAGAUCUUGGGAUCCGGGGUCGCUGAUACAGUGAGGAAGGUGAAGAAAGAUAAUUAUCCUCUGUUACUUAUUGCUCAUGGACGUGGAAGACAAUGUGAAGUGAAUGCAAUAAUUCAAGCCAAUUCUGACUUGAACGAGUUGAUGGCUAAACUUGUCAACGCAUACGAGGAAAGUGAAGAAAGGAAGCAACAAGAAAUAAGAGAAGAGGAUGCUCGAAUUGCGAGAGAGAACAUCAAGUUAGAACAAGAAGAAGCAUAUCGUAUGUCACUGGAGGCUGACAGGGCUAAAGUUGAAGCUGAGUUGCUUGAAGCUCGUAGAAUAGAGGAAUUGGAGGAGCAAAGGAGAAUAGAAGAAACAAAGAAGGAGGAGGACAUGGAGAGAUUAAGAUCAUCUAUUCCUGAUGAACCAUCACCCGAUUGUAAAGAACCGUUGAGCAAAGUCCGUUUCCGUGCGCCUGAUGGUACAACAUUCAUGAGAACAUUUCUUGCAAGCGAGAAGUUGCAAACCCUUGUUAAUUUCGUUGGUUCAAAAGGUUACACACCACAAACCCAUCGUGUACUGAAACCUUGGCCUAAAACAAAUCUCCUAACACUAGACAUGAGCUCAAGUCUUCAAUCAAAUAAAAUUUUCCCUCAAGAAACUUUAAUAAUAGAAGAAAACCCAGACCAGGACAGUGAUACAUGUUCGGAAUCUUAAAUUGUAACGAGCUCAAUUUUUCCCAUUUUAUUCUUCAUGUGUACAUAUUUAUUGUCACUAUUUAAAACUCUGCCCACAAUAUUUGUUCUUUAUUUGUUGGGUAAUCUUCUGAAUGUGCUUUUCAAAGUUAGGUAAUUGAAUGUGAUAGUACGUGACAUAACCAGCGUGCUUGGCGUUUUAGUUUCCAAUAUACAGUACAUGCACAUCAUGGCACUCGGUUUUCUACUGUGUCAUUUUAACGAGUUUGUGACAAUUUAAUCGCCUUAAAACUGUGAUGACAACUUUGGGUUGGCAAACGUCUGGUGUCACCUGCAAUAAAUGGUUGAAAACAGCAAGACAAUCCUC